AUGAGUGAAAUGGUAUUUGGAGUAGAGUUGCUCAAGGGUUCGUAUGAGGAAAUGGUCAUCUUCUUGGGGGCUCAAUAUGAUACGGUAGAUCACAACGAGAAGGAGAGAAUCGGACCCGCGCAGCGGGAUGUUGAUUCACAGUGCAUCGCAAAAAAGAGCAGGAGUGGUACCGGAGAGGAUCAGAGACGUGGCCCCUACGCGCAGAAGAAAUACAAUAGCUGUCAUUGUUUAACUGUCGGUGUAUCCGAAGCAUUUGCUGGGUCUGGUGGGGACGUCGUAUUAGUAAUGCUGAUGGAGAAGGAACUCUUCCGCUUCAUAGGUUAUGCUGGUUGGAACAUGUACUCUGCAUGCCGGAAGACCGUCUGUCUCACAGAGGCCUUUCCCCCAGCCCUGUGCUUCUAUGGAUACUUUCUAAAUCCGUUUAGUGAACGUCCUCGAAUACGUACAAAUACAGUGGACCUUGAUCGACUAAGAAAACUUCCUCCUAAUUCUUUCGGAAACGCUUAUGUCGCGUUCUUGGACCAUUAUAAAUACUCUCCAGAUGAGAGGCAUCUAGUACAGUUCGUGGAUGAUCCGGAUCUGGCUUAUGUGAUGCAACGGUACCGUGAAGUACAUGACUUGGUCCACACCCUGCUCGAGCAGCCCACAGAUAUGCUGGGCGAAGUGGUCGUCAAGUGGGUAGAAGGUAUUCAGACUGGCUUACCCAUGUGUUUGACCGGAGGAUUCGCUGGUUCACUACGUCUUGCCCCUGUCCAGACCCGAAACUACCUGAACACCCAUCUGGACUAUGCCCUGCGUGUGGGUUUUGAAGGCCGCUCACUGAUGAAUGUGUACUUUGAAGAACACUGGGAACAGCCUUUGGAUGAAUUCAGGUCUUCUCUAAAUAUUCCACCCCCGCCCGUUCGGCAUUUCGGUCGAAAGCGUCAGAAGGCAUCCACUGGUGUGAUGGCCUAAAUCCCACUUUGAUAUACCGGAAUGGUCCUUCGUCAUACUAGCUAGGAGUGGCCCACGUCACUCAUAGCUUUUUCUCCUCCAUAAAGCCGCCUGUCCUACUUUCGG